AUGCUAAGAUUUCAAGUAAGAUUAUAUGAAACAAAUUCAACAGAAGAAGUUAUUGAUAUAUUACCAGAUUCAUCAGGUGAAACAUAUGAAAAAUUUAUACAAGUAGCACUCAUCAAAUACCCUUCAUCAUCUACACUCAUUGAGGAAGUUACAAAUUAUGUAAAAUCAAGCUCAUUAUUUGAAGAAUCCAUAUAUUCAUAUAAGUACAAGUUAGAUAAACUCAUAGAAGAAGGAAAAUACAAUGAAGCUUUAUCAGUAUACGAACAAAGUGUGCAAUCUCACGUUCCAUGGUCCAGCAAUAAUAAAGAUCCAAUGAUUUAUAAAACUUUGAAUGACUUGAUUCAACUCAUUGCUAAAAAUUUUCCAAUUAAAGAAAGUUUCAUAUUGUUUCAAAAGAUUAAAACUCAAUUACAAUCCGAGAUCAAUAUUGAUAGUUUAAAUGUCCUUACUCCCGAAAUUUUAAAUCAUAAUUUAGUAGCUGAUAUAAUUGAAAUGUUGAAACGUGAAUUACCUAAAAUUCCAUCAAACAAAGCCAAUAAAUUACCGAUAGACAAACCAUACGGGUACAAAUAUAAACAAUUGUUUGACACUUUAUAUACUUAUGCAAUCGAAUCGACUCAUGAUUCAUCAAUAUUAGCAAAAUGGUCGUUAUUUGAUACACUUUAUUCAUAUUUUGUCAUUCCACAAAGUUAUAUUUUACCAGCAAUGAAAUUCUUUUGUGAUAAUAAAAGAUGGAAUGCAGCAUUAAUUAUUUUUCAAAAACAAAUUGAAUUGCAUGAAUUACAUGGAGAUCAUAAUUUCAAUCCACCAAAUGAGGCUAUGUACAAAUAUUUAAUUGAUGAAUUUGGGAAUAAUUUGUAUGAGUAUGGUGUUAUUGAAAUACAUGAUUAUUUAAAAACAGAUUUGAAUUUAUUAUCACAAGAUUCGGAAUUACAACACCUGCUAAUGAAAUCAUAUUGUAAUCUACAAAAUGUAAGUAAAGUAAGAGAUCUAUUUUUGAUCCUAAAUUCACAAGGUAGAAUCACGAAUGAAAGUGCUGCUAUAAUGUUAAAAGCAUAUACUUACAACGAUUUAAUAUAUGUGGAAAAAUUUUGGAAUAAUUUGAGUAUGUUUGGAAUUAUACCCGAUGAAACACUAGUUAAACAAUAUUUAAUUGCUUAUUCAUAUCAUGGAGAUGUUAAAAAGUGUACUCAACUAAUUGAAAAUAUCGAGGAAGAUUAUGAAGUGAAGUUAGAUGAAAUGAUGGUAUUAGAUAUUUAUAACUUUUGUUAUAAAACAGAUGCACAACAAAAAUUCAAGACAUAUUUUGAAGCAAAUUAUCCUGAUUUAUGGAACAAAUGUAUUGAAUCUGGUAAGUUAGUCACUAAUGAGGGUUAUUUACCUGAUGGUGAUGCAUUAGGUGAUAAAGAGACAAAGUUAAUAGAAUAA